CUGCGACCUCGCGAUAAUCAUCGGUACAGGAGCAGCAUCAAAACCCGGGGCAGGACCCUUCCACGCGCGGAGCCGCCCGGUCCUUCUAUAGUCUUACUACUCCAUUGUCCCUCAGCCCUUUCCCGGCCCGUACUCCGCCGCGCUCCGGCCCGCCGACGACAUGGCCGCCGUUCUCCCCACUCUUUCCGUGCCCUCGCCCUCCGCUCCGGAGCCCGCCCCCGCCGUCGUCGCCGCUGCCAGCUUCCUGGGCCUGCCCGUGGAACUGCGCCUCGAGGUAUACCGGUACCUCCUUGUCGACCCGUACAAUGCAGCAUCGCGAGCAGUGCCCCCACGGCCAGCAGCAGCCACACUGACAGCCUCGAGCGAGACCACCACUGCACAACAACAACCACCGUCACCAUCGCAACAAACAACGACAUCGACGACAGCAGCAGCAGCAGCAGCAACAACCAUAACAACAACAACAACGCCAACAAAACGAACAACAACAUCCUUCCCGGCCCCUCACGCAACCGCCAUCCUCCGCACCUCGCACCAGAUCCACACCGAGGCCACGCCCAUCCUCUACAAAUCCCACAUCUUCCUCGCCCACCCGGGUUCCUUACUCACACACUUCCCCCGCCUCUCCCCAUCCCACCGCCCCAUCCAGCACGCCGAGCACUCCCCCUUGCUCCGGUCCCUGAUCACCCGGUACAAGCUGCACCUGCGGCUCGACGUGGACCCGAAAUUCACGGCCCGCGACGCGGCGCGCCACUUCUCGGCCAAAGACGAGCUGGUCCUCGAGGUCAGCCAGGCCUGCUGGCGCGGGGUCGGCCCCGACCACCUUCGCCUGUUCGAGCGGGUCAGAGGGGUCAAGCGCGCCAGGGUCGUGGGCAGCGUGGGCGGGUUCGAAGGGUACGCGGCGUGGCUGGAGGACAGCAUGAUGGCCCCCCGGGGCGGAGAGUGGAGCGGUAUGACGGGGUCAUGGAGUUGGGGUUUGAUAAUCCUUCUCCUCGUGGUCAUGGUGAUGAUGAUGAUGAUGAUGAUGAUGAUGCUACUGCUGCAUUAGAUCAAGGGUCCGGGUCCGGGUCCGGGUCAGACAAGGGAGCGAGCUCGACGUUGUCAUCGUCAUGGGGAUCGUCUAUCUCCUCGUCCUCAACGGUGUCAUCGUCCUCGGUGGGAAGGGGCCAUGUAUUGGUGGGUGUG